GUCCCUCAAGGACCUUGUUGUGGGCCACUCCAAUUCCACACAUCUACUUGGCUCCUCCUGGAGUUUUUCCACUUGAAAACAAACUGAAAUAAUGCAAAUUUUGUUUGGUUUUAACAGUCUUCUCCUCAGAAACAUGUAUCUAUUUAGGAAGUCUGGAGAUAAAAAGUAUAAAAAUUUCAAACAUGUGAGAUUUAAGAUGCGGCAGGAUCAACAUUAUCUUCAGUUGACUUUACUGAAUGCCACAACCUCCUGAUUUCUGUAACUGGUUUUGUGCCUCUUCCCCACGAGGACAAAAUCAGAUGCAAACAGAGCUUCCACUCUACAAGACAUUGUGGAAAAUGGGGAACAGGUUUUCUCCACAAAAGUUUAUUUAUUUUUUUCUCACUUCUUUUUCAGAAAAAAACGGAUCGCUCUUGUUUCAGACAGGUGUGUAGGUUUGGAAAUUUGACAAACAUGAGUAUCUUUUCUCAGAAGUGAGCGACUGAGGUAGGAAGAACUACAGAAGAGGAUUGUUUGUGUCCUACCCCCCAAAUAAUUGCAGUAGGUAGUAGGGGUUAGGGGUGUAGGGGUUGCAUUAAGCCAAUCCCUUUCCUGGCAGAUUGUAAAGAGUGAAGGGCGCUGGAAGAAUGGAAUGAUGCCAGCCCCCUUUCUUGCUUUUUACUGCUGCCAAAAACUCUCUCUCUCUCCCCCACCCCUUCUUUCCAACUUCCUUCCUCAGAUGUGCUUGCACGGAAGAGUGCCCAGUGAGGAGACCGACUCCGUGGAUCGCUUUGCGCAAAAUCCGCCCCUUCUCUCUCUUUCCUCCCUCCCAGCCUUGGAUCCCGCUUGGCCCUCCCUCCCCUCACGCCGCGGUGCGGGGUUGGGAUGCGCCUCUGUGUACUACUGAGGUGGGAGGGGGCUGCAAGCAGAGGAUAAUGUCAGGCGCUCAGCUCGGUCCCUCUGCCUGACGCUUCUCUCUGGCUCUGCCGGGGCUGGUCUCCGUAAGAAAUAGCAGGAGCUGUGGCAGUGGCGAGAGGAAGCGGCUGAGGCGCGUGGAACCCGAAAAGCCCGGGUGCUCCCUGUUACCUCCCACCGCGGUCACCAGCCGGCCGUCAGCACCAUGGACAGCGGCGCCGUCCCCGUGAACGCCAGUAACUGUACUGACCCCUUCGCGCCCUCGAGUUGCUCCCCAGCACCUGGCCCCGGUUCCUGGGCCAACAUGUCCCGCUGGGAUAGUAACCUGUCCGACCCGUGCGGUCCGAACCGCACCGAGCUGGGCGGGAGCGACAGCGUGUGUCCUCCGACCGGCAGUCCUUCCAUGAUCACGGCCAUCACCAUCAUGUCCCUCUACUCCAUCGUGUGCGUGGUGGGGCUCUUUGGAAACUUCCUGGUCAUGUAUGUGAUCAUCAGAUACACCAAAAUGAAGACAGCCACCAACAUCUAUAUUUUCAACCUUGCUCUGGCAGAUGCCUUAGCCACCAGUACCCUCCCCUUCCAGAGUGUCAAUUACCUAAUGGGAACGUGGCCAUUCGGAACCAUCUUGUGCAAGAUCGUGAUCUCCAUAGAUUACUAUAACAUGUUCACCAGCAUAUUCACACUCUGCACCAUGAGUGUCGAUCGCUACAUUGCAGUCUGCCACCCUGUCAAGGCCUUGGAUUUCCGCACCCCCCGAAAUGCCAAAAUUGUCAAUGUCUGCAACUGGAUCCUCUCUUCAGCCAUUGGUCUUCCUGUAAUGUUCAUGGCAACAACCAAAUACAGGCAUGGUUCCAUAGAUUGUACGCUAACAUUCUCUCACCCAACCUGGUACUGGGAAAACCUGCUGAAGAUCUGUGUUUUCAUCUUCGCCUUCGUCAUGCCUGUCCUCAUCAUUACCGUGUGUUAUGGACUGAUGAUCUUACGCCUCAAGAGUGUGCGCAUGCUCUCUGGCUCCAAAGAAAAGGACAGGAACCUGCGCAGGAUCACCAGGAUGGUGCUGGUGGUUGUGGCUGUGUUCAUCGUCUGCUGGACCCCCAUCCACAUCUACGUCAUCAUCAAAGCCUUGGUUACCAUCCCAGAAACGACGUUCCAGACCGUUUCUUGGCACUUCUGCAUCGCUCUAGGUUACACAAACAGCUGCCUCAACCCGGUUCUUUAUGCGUUUCUGGAUGAAAACUUCAAACGAUGCUUCAGAGAGUUCUGUAUCCCAACUUCCUCCACCAUCGAGCAACAAAACUCCACUCGAAUUCGCCAGAACACUAGAGAUCACCCCUCCACGGCCAAUACGGUGGAUAGGACUAACCAUCAGGUAUGCAGUUUCCAGAAUUAGGUGUACUCACUGGGGGUGACAUAAAGAGCUUUGUACUAAUCCAAGAUUUUAAUCUCCUAGAAGGAGAUCGGUAAGGAGGAAAUUGAGGUUCAACAUAAGAAUGGAGGGAGGAGGGGAGCAAAUUUUGAGCCUAGUGUCAGAGAGGAGCUUUGUUAUAUAAACUGUGCUCUUUAUAUAUGUCUGUAUAUCUUCACUUAAGUAUAAAGGUAUACCUGCUAGAACUCUAUAAAGCCGUUAAAAAUCACUUUUUCAAGGCCUUUUCUUCUAUGCAAAUGUAGUGACUUUAGCAUAUUGUGGAGGUGAUUCUGUUCUAGAAUCCUUUUCAUUUUCUCCAGACAUGUUAUGUAUUUCCUGGAUAUCACUUCAAUAUCUCUUUCACUUCUCAACAGCCAGUCCUGCUCUGGCUCUGUGACUAAAGAGAAGGGGUCAGUGCCUUGCCCACUGUGGUCAUGAGCAUAGACAGUCCCAGCAAACCAGCAUCUUGGCAAAGGAGAAAAGAUUUUAAAAUGGUUACUCCUAAACUUCUGUUAAGCUAUGGGUCUGUAAAUUUUGCUAUCUGAACUCUAGAGCAAAUAUCAAGCAUAUUACCUGAUUAUUAGAUUAAAUAAUUUUUUAACAGUCAUCAUACUAGUUGGGGAAUAAUAUCGAGAGAAAUGACUGGUUUUUAGAAGAUGUAUUCCUAUGCCCAGAGGAGUACGGACAAUGGCCGACACAGAAGGAUUCAAGAUUUACGCACGAUAUUAGAGUCAUACGAGAAAUCAACAAGGAGGAAAGAGAAAAAAAUGGUCUCCAAGUUAAUAUUACCUGGUUAAGCCACUGCUUGGCAAAAUUUAACCUCUGACCAAUAAAGUCAAUCAAACAUAUGAGUUAAUUAUUAAUAUUAAUUUAAGUACAUUUUCAAAUAAUGAUACAGCCUGUAUAAUUUUUUAACACAGAACUCAGAUUCAAACUUCCUGUGAAGUAAAUGCUCAGGCUCAAAACCUUGGAUGGAGUCCUAGAGUCAGGGGGCAGGACUAUAGGGACAGAUAGCUUCAUAAAACUGAACAGGAAGUCAAGUCUACGAGAGGCCAGAGAGAGGCGUUGGCCCCCAGAGUGAAGCUGCUUCCUCUUGCUGUCUCUGGACCACGCCCCAGCUCUCAUAGUCCCUAUUAGUCCCGUGUUGCCACCCAGCCCAUCCUUUCUAAUUGACCACAGGACUAAUGCAAUAUGGCCCAGAUGCAUCUGGGACAUUAAUUCUCAUACCCCUGAUAUUCAAUAAUGCUCAAGUGAACACGGGAACUCGCACCCCCUAGAGAGCAUGAGGUAAUGAUGGCAGACCCACUUCCAGACAAGGGGAAAUUAUUAACU